CCGAAGCGCCAAAAAGCCUCCAAAGUCGCUGCUAUCUUCAUCAAGGCCAAGGCCAAGGAGCCUGUCCGCUACCCGCCUCACGAGGGGAACGAGGAUGCUGACUUGCUUGCUGAGCAUAAGAAAUUCCGCAUCAACCCCUUGGGUCACAUCAAGGACUACUGCAGGCACAUUCCAUACAACAGCGAGAAGAAGCUGUUUUUCGAAAAGACGGGUCGCGAGGCCUUAGAAGUCUACCAGUACGAGUUCUUCAUGCCUGGCGAUGACCGCGACCACGUCGUCAUGUGGGACUACAACAUUGGCCUUGUGCGGGUCACGCCCUUCUUCAAGGCCUGCAAGUACUCGAAGACCACCCCAGCCCGCGUCCUCAAUAUCAAUCAAGGCCUCCGCGACUUGAGUCACAGCAUCACCGGCGGAGCCCUUGCUGCACAAGGUUACUGGAUGCCGUAUGACACGGCUAAAGCCGUGGCGGCUACCUUUUGUUAUGAAAUUCGCGCGGCUUUAACGCCUGUCUUCGGCGUCAACUUCAUGCACGAGUGCAUCCUGCCUGGUGAUCCUGGAUUCGGUUCCUUCAAUAUUGAUCGUGCUAUUACACGCCACAGUGCCGCUCAAGCCCACACUUUUCGCUUGCUGUACAGCAGUUCCAAGGACGGUAACGUCAGUUCCGGUGGCAACAGUCCGUCCAUGGGCAUGCUGGCUGCGCCACCUCUGCCGCCUCCCAUCAUGCCAGGCGGUGGUAAAACUAGGACGCUGCGUCAGCGCCGUACUGCUGAUGCCGAGAGCGGAUACGGCACCGAUACGGACCAGAGCGAUCGGUACAUGUGCAGUCCUGUCUCAACCAUCACAAGCCAAGGAUGGACGAGCGUUAAUGGCGUCGAGAGAGCCUACACGCCGUCGCCCAAGACGUUUGUGCCGCAGCUGUCGCCAUGGCUGUCGAGCGUGCCA